AUGCAUGGGUCUGACGUGCCCAUCCACCUCUAUUCUUUCUCCUUCAACCUGAAUCCGGAUUGGAGUGAAGAGCUGUGUGAUCAAACGGAAAUACUCCAGUACAUCGAAGACACCGUGGACAAGUUUUCGUUGCGACCACAUUUCAGACUCAACUUAGAGUGCACCGGCGCGACGUGGCAGCCAGAACAGUCUCUAUGGCAGGUCAGCUUCAUGGACACGAGGACCAAAGAAAAGUUCACUAGAACUUGCAAGAUACUCCUCACAGCUGUCGGAGGCUUUGCCAUUCCUAGGGAUGUCAAGUUCCCCGGAUUAGAGUCCUUCGGCGGCAAAGUAUUCCAUACAGCACAAUGGGACCACAGUUGCGAUUACAGGGGUCAGAGAGUCGCCGUCAUUGGCAACGGUUGCAGCGCCGCGCAGGUUGUGCCGUCCAUCGCCAAGGAGGUCUCCAAACUCACGCAAUUCGCACGAGGCCGACAAUGGUACCACCCACGGCCGAAUCACCGGUUCAGCCCAUUCGAACGCUUCUGCUUUCGUUACAUACCUCUUUGGCAGCGGUAUUACCGACUCAAGACAUUUUUGGACACCGAUAGCCUUGCUGCAUCUUAUGGGUCGACGCCCAAAGAGGUCAGGACUCGCAAGAUGAUCGAGGAGAAUGCCAAAAAGUACAUAUACUCUCAAGCGCCACAGAAGUAUCACGAUGUAUUGGUGCCCGAUUUUGCGCUCGGCUGCAAGAGGCGCAUCUUCGACCCGAACUAUCUUUCAUCGCUCCACCUCGACAAUGUGGAAUUAAUAACGGAGGGGAUUCAACAGAUCACCAAGACUGGAAUUAUCAGCGCGAGCGGAUACGAGGAAGACUUCGACAUCAUUAUCCUGGCGACCGGUUUCCAGGUAACGAAUUUCUUGGCCCCCAUGAAUAUCGUCGGCAAGACCGGAGUCGCGAUCAAGGACCAGUGGGAGUCCGACAGAGGGGCGCAGGCCUACAUGGGGACCUUCGUGCACAACUUCCCCAACUUCGGCAUCCUCUUCGGGCCAAACACCUUCCCGGCAUUCAACUCUGUCAUCUAUGCUGUGGAGGUUCAGGUUGAAUACCUGGCAAAGACCCUCUUCAAGACCGUCAUCGACGACUACGCAGAUGUCAUGGAGGUUAAAGAAGAAGCCGAAACGCACUUCGUCACGGAGCUAGACAAGACGCUCGCGAAGACCGUUUUCAAUUCCGGCUGUAUUAAUUGGUACAUGAAUUCUGCGGGUCGUAAUUCUGCCUCCUGGCCCGGAAUGGCUUCUUCGUUCUGGCGAGCGACAUUCUUUCCCCGCUGGCGGGACUUCGCACUGCAAGGUGGAAGUCCGACUUGGGUCCUGCAGAGGGCUGUCCGAAGCCUGAGAAACACUUCGCUGUGGAUGUGGAUAGGGUUGUUGUUGAUGCUUGUAUCCGGGAUGAACACGUACUUGGGAGGAAAGGUGCUAGAAGUCCGAUAA